AGGAGGAUGCGUGUAAAAAUAUGCAAGAAUCCCAGGAAACACACCUAUCCAACCACUUAGAUGAAGUCGUUGCCGCCGUCAGUGUAACGCCGAGAAAGAAGACCCCGAACAAGCUGCCUCAGACAGCGCUCUUCCAGCCUCCUCGCGAGAAACUCCACCUCUGUGAAAAGAAAGCCAAGUCCUACUCCAGCAGGCGCGAAUACAAGCAGGCGAUCCAGGAGCUCGUGCGCUGCGUAGCGUUGACAAGGAUCUGCUACGGCAACUGCCACUGGAAGCUGGCCGAGGCCUAUGUGAACCUGGCUCAAGGCUACCUCCAGCUGAAAGGACUGGCACUUCAAGCAAAACAACAUGCGGAAACAGCCAAAGAAAUCCUCGCCAACUCCAUCGUGCCUCCCUGCAACGAUAAUACCGAUGUUUUCCGGUGUUCCGUUGAGCUCUUUCAUACCAUGGGGAGAGCUUUACUCGCCCUUCAAAAAUUUAAGGAAGCUGCCGAGAACUUGACGAAAGCAGCGAAGCUUUCGAAGGAGCUGCUGCAACGUGGGAGGAUCGUCAAGGAAGAGUGGGUUGAAAUCCAAGCGCGGGUCAAGCUGUCGUUUGCACGGAUGUAUCAAGGUCAGAAGAAACCAAAAGAAGCUCUGCCCCACUAUCAAGAGGCUUUAGAAUACACUGAGAUGUGUAAAGGUGAAAGAAGUCUCGAAUGCGUGCCAAUACUGAGGGAACUGGCAGGUGCAGAACAGGCCCUGAAGUGGCACGACGCGUCCAUCAGCCACCUGCUGCAGGCGCAUCUCAUCGUCCUCCAGGGGGAGCCGUCUGAGGAGGAGGCAGCGGCCUCCGCGCACUGCAUCGCCCGUGCUGCCGUCGCUUCCGGGAAGCCCCAGCACCACGAUGUGGCCGAGAGGUAUUUCCAAGAGAGCCUGGCGAAGCUUAAGGAUGCGGAAGGGGCGGGAAGAGCCAAGUUCCUUUCGAUUCAAGAUGACUAUUGCCAUUUUCUCCGAGUCAGUGGGCAAGAAGAGAGAGCAGCCUCGAUCCUGAGAGAGUCCCUGGAGGCCAAAGUGGAGGUGUUUGGCGAUCUCAGUCCCGAGGUGGCAGAGACGUACCGGCUCCUGGGUGGGGUCGACCUGGCGCAGGGGAACCUCGGCGGGGCCCACAGGAAACUGAACAAGUGUCUUCACAUCCAGACCCUCUUAUACGGAGCGCAGGACAGGAGGACUCUGGCCACACAGCAGUCCGUGGACGUCCUAUCCCGGGCCCCCGAGGUGGCUGGGAAGCUGCGGCAGGUCCCAAGAGCCAAGCCCGCCUUCUGCACCGGCGCGGCCCAGCACCCUGCGCUGGGGAAGGCGAGGCCCCACGCCGUGGACUGAGAGCCCGCCUCGCCCCGGCCGAAGCUCCGGUCGCGCCCGGGGGCUGGCUGGACGCCACGGCACCUAGAGAGUGGGUCACGCUGUCACUGCAGAUUUCUAAGGCUGGCUGUGUGACGCCAUGGAUGCCCCCCCACCCCCGCCCUGGAGGCAUGUGUGGACAGCGGACGACCUCUCAGGGUGAGCUGGAGCUUCUGUAAAGCAUUUUGUAAAUGCUUUCUUCUUCUUGCCAACAAAAACUUACCCAGCAGCACUGCCGUGGCUGAAAAGCUGCUCUUGAAAAGCUGAGUACUUCCUGUGCAGGAAAAGAGCCCCAACGCCUGACAGUACAUACCGUACAUACCCCCCCGCACAGGUCUGGGGUCAGAUGGGAAGCAAAUUCUGGAGAAGGCCUGUCAUUGAGGAAGGUAAUAGGGAUUGCAAAUGAAAUGCUAAUAAAAGGAGACUUGAAAGCGCUGGGGUCGGU